AUGACAGGACUUCACCAGAGACGGCUUCGUAUUAUGAGCCCAAUAUAUUUAGGAUUGAAUCUAUCCGAGCGCUACGAUAAAAGUCCAUCGCGACCUAUCCAAUACGUACGAGUCCUUGCCAACCACCAUGCACCUUCACACGCUCGCAACAAUGCUCCCUUCGCCUCCCUCCUCACAACCCCAGCAACUGUCUGUCUUCCCGGAAUAGCACAUGUUAUUCGCCGGGAUAACGCCAGUGUUACGACCAAUCCUUCCCAGGCAGUCCAGGUUCGCAUCGCCCCAACCGAAGACCAAGACCGCGCUGGUCAAUGUUCGCGUAUUCGAUGGGUACGACGUUCAGACACCGAGCACUGUCUACGUUUGAUGGCGACACCAACGUGGAUUACGAGACACACGUGGACACCGUCCUCGAUGGCUAAGGUGUCGGCUUCGCGAGCUUCUUUUACGGCCGAGCGCGUCGUCGCGGGUCCUAACAGCGCACAUGCAAAGGCAGCUAAUGCUCCGCUAAGCCAGCUCAUAUGGUCUCCAGACCAAGCAUCCCAGUUCGUGGAGGAUGUCUUUAGCAACGGCAGCGACUAUCUCAAGAUUAUCGCAGAGGAGAACGGCCCAAGUCAAGCCACUCAAAAUGCGCCUGUAUUGCAUAGCCACGCCCGCAGCAGGGAAGUCAUGACGCAUGCUGCGCUUUUGGAUUUCUGUCUUCAGGCUAACAAGUCCAGGGCAGAUGGCCCGGGACACAUUCCAUAUGAUGCGCUUCUCAACGAUACGGCACGAUGGUGGCGCAAAAGCAUGGUAUUGGCAAAUACGACGGAGCUGCAAAUACUCGACCCCAAUGCUGCUGUCCCUAACUUUACGAGUCUUAUGGCUUCGUCCAGCAAAUAUGUCCGCAACAUGCGCGCCAAAGAGAUCCCGAUACUUGCUGGGCCAGAGUCCAGUGUCGGGCAGUGCCCAUCCAGUCUGCCGUUCGGCGAGUACCUGCACGAUGAGCUCGCCAACUUUCUCGAUAUUGAUAUGAUAUCAGCGGCAGCUGUUAAUGCUGCGACGCUGGUGCCUGCAUUAUUAGCUCACUAG